AUGCAAGAGGAGUUAGAAGAAGGUAGUUGCUCAAAUACAUCUACAACUACCAAUGUUGCUGAAAACUUACCGUCACUAAAGGGCCCAAGUGUGUGUUACACUCCUAGAGGAACAAAAGAGUUUAUACCGUGUUGUCAUCCUGAACUAAAGCCUACACUUGGUAUGCUUUUUGAUUCCUUACUUAAAGGUGUUGAUUUUUAUAAGCAAUAUGCUAGAUUUGGUGGGUUUGUGGUAAGACUAGGUACUGAAAAGAGAAUUAAAGAUAGUGAUAAAGUUUACUUGAAAUAUUUACAUUGUAAUAAACAAGGGUUUACGAAGGAUGGUGAAACUAAAGCAAAAGUUUCUAAGAAAGAUGAAAAUCGUAAAGCUAGAAAAAGAACCAUAAAUCGUGUUGGAUGUAAUGCAAUGAUUGGGUUUAGAGAACGUUUAGAUGGAAAAUGGAUGGUUUAUGUCUUUCAUGAAUCUCAUAGCCAUAAUCUUGCUUCUCCCAACACAAUGAAUUUUUUGGAAAAUGUUGGAAACCUUAAACUUGGCCAGAAAAAAUUCAUUUUUGACAACUCUAGAUUGAACAUUGGUCCAAACAAGUCUUAUAAGUUGAUGAAAGAACAUCUUGGUAGCUAUGAUAAUAUAGGUGCAACAUUGAAUGAUUUCGAGAACUUUAAUCGAGAUUUAAAAGCUUACAUACAAGAGAAAGAUGCUUCGAUGUUUAUAAACAAUUUGAAAGAAAAAGCUGAAAACACUGAAGGUGCCUUUUUCUUUGAGCAUUGUAUGGAUGAACAUCAACGCUUGACAAGAGUAUUUUGGGCAGAUGCAAUUAGUAGAAAAAAUUAUUCGUUGUUCGGUGAUAUGAUUACAUUUGAUACAACAUUUGACACCAACAAAUACUCUAUGGUUUUUGCCCCAUUUACGGGUGUUGAUCACCAUGCCUACUGUAUCAUGACAGAUCAAGACCCUGCGAUGAAAGUGGCAAUUGAAAAAGUUCUUGAUAAGGCAAAACAUAGAGACCUUGAACCAGAAGAAUUUGAAAUUGGUUGGCAGUCUGUGAUGUCUGAAUUUGAUUUAUUGAAUGAAGAUUGGUUUAAAAAUAUGUAUAAUAUAAGGAAUAUGUGGAUUCCUUCUUACUUUUGUGACCUUUUUAUGGGUGGGAUUUUAAGGUCAACUCAAAGAUCAGAGAGUGAAAAUAGCUUUUUCACUAAUUUCACCAAUCAGCAUUUGUUAUUGGUUGAGUUGUGGUUUCGUUAUGAAUCUGCAAUAGAUGCUCAAAGGCACACAUAA